AUGCGGGUCCCUGAAGUCUUGCAGUACGGAACCCGAGAGGCUGUCACGCUCGACUGUGAUUACGUCACGAACAACGUCACGGGGCUGGUCGUCAAGUGGUUCUAUAUGGACCGCUCGCAGCCUGUGUAUCAGUGGAUACCGCCUCAGAAGCCUCAAGCAUUGGGCAUUAUGAAGAAUAAGCUGGAUUUGAGCUACAAAGUCUCGAGCAACCCUUACACUCAGCACCGAGCUCUUCGGAUUCUUGAGCCCAGCACGGAUAUGACGGGAAACUACACCUGCGUGGUUUCCACUUUCCUCGCUGAAGAUGAGAGAACUCGUCCCAUGACGGUUUUUGUGCCGGAAAAACGCUUCGACAUGAUUAUGGAUAGACUAAGCGAUGGUUAUUUGAACAUAAUCUGCUCCGUGGAAGGUGUUUUUCCUCAACCAGAGCUCGUCAUUUUAGCGGGGAACAGACCAUUGAACGCCAAGUCAUCGCUGAACAUCAUCAACGGACGGUACACAGCCCUCACCAGUGCUGUUGUUAAAAUUGAAUAUCUCCCGCCAACAGUUGAAAUAUUAUGCGACAUGCAAGUGCCACUAGCUAAUUACUUCAGUAGAAAACGGGAUAUAUUUUAUAGAGAUCCACCACCGUCCACAUUAAAUCCAACAGGAUCAGCAAACUCCAUGACAGCACACGACCAAGGGGGUUUUGGCCCGCCACCGGGUCUCCGGGGUUGUCGGCUGGCUCGAUAUCUCACGCUGGUACCACCCGACCCACGCACCCUGCUGUGCGUAUGUACUGAGCCAGUUACCCCCUCUCACUGA